AUGAUAAAUCUGUUCCCUAAAAUACAAGACAAUUAAUAUAAUCGAUAAUCUUGGGGAGGUUUACUAUUUCUUCUAACAAUCAUUUGUAUUAUUGUUUUUAUUUGGGCUGAAAUUACAAAUGCUCUUUAGGGAACAAUUUAAUUGUAAGUAGAUCCAGCAAUUGAUUCUAGAAUUAGAGUUAAUUUAGAUGCUACAAUUUAAGCACCUUGUCAAGCUUUAACAUUAAAUAUUUAAGAUAUGAUGGGCUCUUAUUUAUAAGAUGUAUAACAUACUAUUAUAAAAACACGUAUAAUUGAUGAGAAUUUAGAAUAUGUAAAGGUUAAGUAAAAUGUAAAUUUCACUUCUUGUUAUGGUGCUGAAUUAUUGAUAGAUCAAAAGUGUUAUAGUUGUUAAGAUGUAAUGAUGGCAUUUGCUUAAAGAAGAUGGAGAUAACCAAAUUUUGAAAGCAUUGUUUAAUGUGUUGGUAAACCUACUGUUUAAUUUGAUGAUUCAGAAUUAUAAUAGUUUCGAUAAGCUGAUCUUAAUCAUUCAAAAGAACUUGAGUUAACUAAAAAAGAAUUGAUCAAUGUAACGGCUACUGAAUUAUUCAAACAAUCUAUUGAAGUAGAUGAUGAUGAAGAUGAUGCAACUGAAUAAAUUAUGACUUAAGAAUAGAGAGACAAAUUUAAAAAGGCUUUGGGUUAACUCUCAGAAAUAAGUUAUAAUCCAAUGUAGUGGGAUGAGUAGAGAUUAAAAUAAGAAAAAGGUAAAUAAAUUGAUUAAUUGAUUGGAAUGCUUAAUAUAUCUUUGGAUCAUAUUGGAGGUACAUUAGCCAGUUAAUUACGUUUUUCUGAUAGAGAAAGAGUUUUACCAUUCAAAAAUCUCACCUAAGAUGUUAAAUAAUUAACUGAAAUUUAUAGACAAAAAUGUGAAACUAAUUUAAAGAUAUUUUUAAAUGCUUCCUAUGAUAAUGAAUCAACAAGUGAAUAUUUUGAAAUUGAUAUGGCUAAGGAUUAAUGUUCAAUACCAAUCUAUUAUUCUACAAAAGAUGACAUUAUGUUAAUCUAAGUUUAAAAUCAUUAAAUAGAAUGGUAAAUUAAUACAUCAAUUAUGAUGAGUUAAUUUGUAUUCUCUAUUGAAAAAUUAUUAGUUAUCAAUGAAGAAUAUAAUUAUAAUUAUUAACCUAAUUCUAUGCUUGAUAGAGCAUAUAAUUAAUUUAGAAUUAGUGUUUAUGUUCAUGUCAAAUAAAUUAAAAAUCCAAUUGUUAAAAAUACAAGAUUAUUAUUUAGUGAAUCUUUCUAAGUAGAAUAACCAUCUUAAUAAUAUAUUGAAGUUUCUGAUAUUGAAGAAUAAAUUGAUGAAGCAUGCAGAUUUUUUGGAUAUUUUUACAUUAAAAAAGUUCCUGGAAUCUUUGCUAUCUAAUCUAAUAAACCAGCAAUGGAAUUAAUUAAUAAAACCUUCUAAGGAAAUCAUAGUUUCAAAUUAUCAUUUGGGGAUCAACCAUCAAAUCAAAGAGAAACAUAUAGUUAAUUUUCAUCAAAAUAUUAUUUAAAAUUAGUUACUACUAGUAAUAUAGAUAUAUGGAAUAAUUAAAAUAUUUUUUAUACCUUUACUUAAUAAAGAUCACUUUACAAUGAAACUAUAGCUCCUUUCAUUGAAUUUUAAUAUGAAUUUGAUCCAAUAUCAAUGACUAUCCAGUCUACAUCAAUUACAAACUAUUUAGUUAUAGUUUUUGCUGUUAUUGGAGGUGUUUUUGCUGUUAGUAAAUAUAUUGCUGGUAUCUUGAAUAUGUUAAUAUGA